AUGACCCAGAACGGCGCCUUGCCUGUCCUCCCUCUCGAGGGCAAGGUCUUUGCGAUCACCGGCGGAGCUUCCGGGAUCGGGCUGGCCACGGCACAGAGUCUCGCGCGGAAGGGCGCAAUUGUCUGCAUAGCUGAUUUGGACCAAUCUGCACUGAACAGCGCCGGGUCCUUGUUCACCUCCCAGAAACGCAGCUUCAAAACAUCAAAGGUGGAUGUCUCGAAACGGACCGACGUCGAGGCGUGGAUAGAGAGCAUCGUGUCAGAGUUUGGGCGGUUAGACGGGGCUGCAAAUGUCGCCGGGAUCAUUGGGAAGGGUCACGGGAGGGACGCGGUGACGGCUCUAAACGACGACGAGUGGGACCGGAUCAUUGCUGUGAAUUUAACAGGGAUGAUGUACUGCUUGAGAGCCGAGCUGAGGAGAAUAGUGGACGGGGGCUCGAUCGUCAACGUCGCUUCCAUCCACGGGACGAAAGUUGGGCCCACCGCUCAUACAUUCACUUAUGCCGCAGGGUUCGCGCGGCAUGCUGCAUAUGAUGCCAGCAAGCACGGCGUGAUAGGGUUGACGAAGGCCGCUGCCCAAGAGAAUGGUCCUCGCGAAGUUCGAGUGAAUGCCGUCGCUCCUGGCUCGAUAUACACGCCUCUCAUGCAGAAGCACUGGGACCUAAGCGGCAGGGCUGCAGACGCACCCUUUGACGAACCAAGCGCUUUCCAAAGACAGGGAACGGCGGAGGAGGUAGCAAACGUGAUUGUGUUCCUGCUGGGUCCGGACAGUACAUUUGUGAGCGGCAGCGUGUACGCAGUGGAUGGGGCUUGGACAUAA